GGGUUUUGUAGUACGCCGGCCGGCUAGGACGCGUCGACUCACGUUGACGUUGUUAUAAUUUAAGCGCAAUUAAUUUCCUUUGAUAAUUUUUUAAGAAUUCGUAAUAAAAAUGGGACAAAAUUAUAAUAACGAAUAUAGUGAUUACGGCAGUGGGAACACUUCCGAUUCUUCCACGAUGUCUUGGGGCGGUCCUGAGAAGUGGUCACAGCUGGACACUUAUGGUGUCAUGAGGCAGAACAAACAGAAGUCGUCCAGCUACGCUGACUUGAUGAUGGGCCGCUGCACCAUCGACGACGUGAUGCAAGAGUUCAAGAUGAACGGCUCCGACUCUCCAUACACGCCUGAAGACGACGCACCCUGGACGCAUCGCCGCGCAGAAGAAGCGUCAGGAGUGUCGGGCAUGGGUCCUGGGAGCGCGUACCUCCGCCAGAAGUCUUGGCCGGAGCCCGAGCGCACGCCGGCCGUGCGCCUGCCCCCGCGCUGGAUCGAACCGAUACCCACUGCUAUUUCACCUGCCCCUGUGGCCGGCACGUCGAGUCCCCUGAGCAGCGCGGGCGCGGAGCUGUCUAGCGAGCAGCUGCGCGUGCUGGGCUCGCUGCCCGACCGCGUGCUGCGCGCCCUGCUCCAAGCCAUGCAGCGCGCGCGACCACAGCGACUAGAGAUGCGGGAGUGCCGGUUCUGCAAGAACAACGGCGAACGCGAGUCUUACUACCGGUCGCACUCGCUGAAGGGCGCGGAUGGGAGGGUGUCGUGCCCCGUGCUGCGAGCCUUCGUAUGCCGGCGGUGCGGCGCCAGCGGGGACCGCGCCCACACCAUCAAGUACUGCCCGCUCGCCACCAGCGAGGAGCGUAUGAAGUCAGCGGCUAUGAUGCGCAGCGUCCGCCUCGCGUCGGGACGGCGUAGGGCUUCGCCCCACGAGUACGUCAUGUUCGGGGAGACCCCGCCCGCGAUGCAAGACUACCUCUACAACUAUGGCACAGAAGGAGUGGCUGCUCCUUUGGAACCACAAUGGGCAGCGCUUGAGCAAAAACUCAUGCUGUAGCAAGACAAUUCAUGUCAAAAGAAG